CGAGUAGCUUGCUGCGAACCCGCCAGCUUCAAGCUUGCAACGCGAACGUCGACACGAGACGCGCCAGCCGCAGCAACACAACUAGCUCACAUUCGCUUGCCCAGGCUGAAAUACUUUCUGUCAAGAUGUACGGCGAUUUGGGCAAUAAGUUGGUGCAACAUGCUAAACGAACCCAAAACCUUUCGCAUUUGCCAGCGUAUCAAGCCGAGAUAGUACGCGCCGUUACGCGCGAAGUACGAGACCUAGAGAAAGAUGUGACGGAGGUUCUUGAACCUUUCCAGGGCUCUUUCGACCCAGCCGCCAACCAAGCGACAGCCUGCACAGUCCUUGUCAACUAUCUCUCCAUGCGAAGGAAUAAGCGAUGCGUUCUCGCUUACCACCGAACUCGGACAGAUAAAUUGGAGGAACUGGCAUGGAAGGGAGUCGAUGUGCUUGAUCUGGCCGGGCAACAAGUACGAGGCAAUGCGGGAUCAUCAACGGGUGCCCCCAAUGGCAAUGCCGAUGGUCCUACGAGCAGCCUUAGCCCGCAAGAGGAGGAGUAUGUGAGGCAGUACGGCGAUCUGCUGGCUGCCUACAAAGGGCAAUGGACGGACAUCGACUUGACGGGCAGCUUGGAACCACCGCGAGACCUCUUCAUUGACGUGAGAGUCUUGAAGGAUGCAGGAGAAAUCCAGACCGAAUACGGCGCCAUCAACUUGACCAAGAACAGUCAAUUCUAUGUCAGACAGGGCGACGUGGAGCGGCUCAUAGCACAGGGUUAUCUCCAGAAACUCAGCUGAUGCUCAUGAACGACCUCGACCUGGCUGGUUGACCUCGGAGUCUCAAGAUAACGAUACUAAGAGGAAUGUGUCUUCAUUUCUACCAUUCUUGGAGAUCUGUGAAGCUCAAGUGGUACGGAUGUACGACUGCCUUGUCCAGACCCUUGCACGGAUGAUAAGAUUCGAAAUUCUCGUCAAAGGCAAGGCGGGGCACCAUUGCCGGCAAAAUAACCUGGUGCGAUGCGUCAAGAUGAUGCGAGCAUCUCGACAUGUGAGCAAUAUUCUGCUGGCACUUCGCGGGGUACGCGGGGUGCACACAUGCAGUUUGCAGUUUCAAGGGGCUGUGAGCGACCGGGCUCGCGAGAAGAGACCAAGCGGUGCAGGCGACUUCUUUCUUGCCAUGGAUCAGAGUAAUGUUAUUGUCAACAUGAAGCCUGGUCCUGAGCAACAUGGGGGCCAAGAUCUGCAUCGCGGACGGCUUCCGAUGCGGCCGCCUCUGGACCAAAUUUAGUGGCUCGCAUAGCAGCAACACAAUGAGGCCCGCAAAAAGGGUCUGAUGGAGGUUCAAGUAACGGAAUCCGGGGCCAAGAUGGCAUGCGGCAUAUCUAGGGUUGCUGGGCUGACUGAGUCUGUAACGGGCUCCUUGCUUUUGGGCUGUCAGCGAUGAGGGGAGAAUUGGGGAAUAUGUCUCGCAUGUGGCAGGCAAACGUGCACCUCGACUUCUUGGGCCACCUCGAUAACAAGCCAGUGUGCGGCAGCUUGGACCAGUUGUGGUGGCGCGCGGGGAAUGAACAUCAGAUGUCGCGAUAUCGGCGGCGGAUGAGGAGAAGGAAAAGCGAUAGCGACAUUGGAAGAUCGGGCUGCAUUGAAACCUCAGACAUGUCUACGACCUUGGACGUCUCUUGAGGCGAAUUCAAAGCAGGGCCGUCAUCUAACGAGCCGGAGCCGCAAUAAGGGCAGCCAGUCGGUUGUGGACAAAACAGCUCAGUUGCACAGCACAGGCAUGGCCUUGUGCGCUGCAUUGCAUCAUGCGCCGCAUCAUACCUAGUCGUUGUUGGUCGACUGUCGACCUGUAGUCCCGGACAUGAGGUGGCUAGGUACACUCACAGUAUACCUCAGCAACUGAGCAGGGGAGGGCCGAUGUAGGCCGAAGUAGGAGACGGCCAAAGGUAUUAGUCUGCUGAUUGUGACCUUAGCUUAUUAGUACAUCUUGCAGCGUUGCAGAACACGUCGAGCCAUUGAAGGGAGACGAUGACGAGCAAUUG